ACUCGCAAUUUGUAUUUACAGUUCUUCCAGAAAUUUAACCGAUUGUGAUCAACAGUGGACGAAAGGGAGUCUGCUUAAUUGUCAAUUAUCAAAGAGAAAUUCGUAACAAUUUCAAAAAAGCUUAAGCAAUAACGUCAAUCGAAUGCCUCAACGAGAAUUCAUUAAUCAGAUUAAAAUACAAUUUACACGUAUUCCUCAAUUUGAAAUGAAUAAAACAGAAAUCCUGUACAUACAGAUUUGUCAACACUUCCCAACACGAGUUUCCAUUGGAACGACGAAUGCCUGUCUUCCCACUGUUCUUAUCGCGAGGAAGAGAAAAAGGAAAUCGCGACGUUUAACCUAAAAAAUUUCGUCCAGCUACCAGCCAGUCGAUCGCGGAACAACCUACAUAAAACACCGCUGCAUCACACCGACAAUCUCACUUCUCGACAGCAACCGUUUGCCGAGGAAAAAGAUCCUAUGCAGUAGUCAACAUUAUUAUCUAAUCGGUUGGAAGCGUGCGUCAUGACUGAUGGAUAGCAAUUCUAAUUCAACAACGUGUUAACCGUAGUGUAAAGAGUUGUCUGCAGCGGCAAGUGUUCAGACUUUUGGUUCGUCCAAAAUACGUUUUAUCCAUCGAAAGGUACACGUUCGAUCGAUCUACGUUUAAAAAAACAGUGAGAAAGUUGGAAAGUGAAUCGGCAAUCCAAGUUCCACACAACGUCACCAUGAGGCUUCUUCUAUCGAUUCUUGUGACGUUAUCGGUGUACGGUAGUCGGUGCAACGGUUUACGAAUUCUUGGCUUGUUCCCGCUGAAUGGCAAGAGCCAUUGGGUCAUGGGAGAACAGCUAAUGAUCAGUUUAGCGAAUCGAGGCCACCAAGUGGAUGUCGUCACGCAUUUCCCCUUGAAGAAACCGCCGGCAAAUUAUAGGGAAAUUUCGCUGGAAGGAAGCUUGGAACCGGUGGUGAACAACAUGAACGCGUCUCUUAUUGAACGAAUCAGCACGAACGACAUGAGAAGCCUGGUGUACAUGGCUGGAGACAGAAUCUGUAGCUUGAUGGAGCACGAGAAGCUGCAGCAGCUGAUAAAGAAUCCGCCUAAAAAUCCGCCGUAUGAUCUUAUCAUCGUAGAGCUAUUCGUCGCACCAUGUUACCUAGCAUUCGGUACCCACCUAUCCGCACCUAUGAUCGGCGUGAUGACCUCGAGUUUCCACGAGUGGGAAGCCAGCCUGACAGGAAAUCCCCAUCAUCCCUCCUUCGUACCGAGUAUAUUCUCACCGUUCGACCAGCAGAUGACAUUCUGGGAGAGGCUGAUGAAUACCUUUCUAACGAACCUGAUCUCAGCGCAGCUCAACUAUCAGACAGCUAAACAGGUCGACUAUGUGAAACAACACUUCGACACGAACGCGACGAUUGCGGAACUUUACAAGAAUCUGGCCGCGAUUCUUGUCAACUCGCAUCACAGCGUGAACGGCAUCAAACCGAUGACUCCAGGGAUCAUCGAAGUAGGCGGUUUGCACGUCAAGGACGAGACAGCAUCUCUACCGCCGGAAGUGCAAAAGUGGCUGGACGAGAGCACACACGGUUGCAUAUACUUCUCGUUCGGGUCGAUGGUGAGAAUCGAGACCUUCUCUAAACCUCUCAUCGAAACUUUCUACAAAGUUUUCGAAAAGAUUGCGCCCGUUCGUGUGCUGAUGAAAAUUGCGAAAAAAGAGGAUCUGCUUCCUGGGCUGCCAAAGAACGUCAUGACUCAGCCCUGGUUCUCUCAAGUGUCCGUUUUCAAACAUAAGAACACAAAAGCUUUCGUCACACACGGAGGUCUGAUGAGUACGCAAGAGGCAAUCUACUUUGGAAUCCCUAUGAUUGGAAUUCCUCUGUUCGGUGAUCAGUUGACAAAUAUGAGGAACAUGAAUAACAAGAAAAUAGCUGUGAACCUUGGAUCAACAGAAAAUAUCACGAUAGAAACUUUAAGCAGCGCCGUCCAUACGAUCUUACACGACGAAACGUACAGGACGAACGCAAAGAAAUUGUCGCUACAGUUCAAGGACAGGCCCAUGACCGCCAUAGACACCGCCAUCUUUUGGGUGGAAUACGUUGCCAGGCACGGUUAUAUCCUGCAAUCUCCCGCUGUUCAUCUUGCCUGGUGGGAACAGGGACUAUGGGACGUCUACGGAUUUGUAUUUGCCGGUUUGAUAGCAGUUCUCGGUGCUCUCGUCUACAUAGUUCAGAAAUACAUAAACGGACACAGAUCUCGUUCCAAGAGGCACUCGAAUUCCCAAUCGAAGAAGAGGAAAUGAGCUGUUUCAAUGUGUAUAUGUGUGUGAAUGUAUGUGUUGUACAUACGUUUGAGUGUCCAAAGUAUAACGAUUUCGUAAACUCAUUGAACUUGCAACAUUAUAUUAUCCGAAUUUUCUGUGAUUUUAUUUUUCAAAUCUUUUGUAAUUCAUUGGAUCAUAUAUCGACAGUUUAACCCUUAAUCAUUAACCAGAGUAGUCUUUAAGUUUCUAAAUUUUCGUUUCCCGCUUAUUUUUUACCAACGCACAGUGGAGUGUUUUACUUUAAAAAAUUGGCGCCAAAAUUCAAAUAUUUACGACUAAUUAAAAACCAAGAAAGUGUAUUUUUGUUGUAAUGUUAUUAAACUGAAGUAUCAUA